UGUCAUUCGAUCUGCGCUAUCCAAUUUAACUUUAGUGGGCUAAUCUCGUCUUGCGGGGGAGCCAAUCUCGUAUCAUAUGCUAUGCAAUCAUUCGAGUAUCUUUGCUCAAUCUGGCUCUAUGGCCGUGUCUGGGCGCAUACUGCCUGUCUAGGUAAGGUCUUCCGGCACCUAGCGGAUGAAACUCGCACUGACAUUUUGCAUUUGCUGGUUUCCCGUGACCUGUUCCGGGAGGUUUGGUUGGCCGGCCUUGUUUCGUACCUCUAG